GAAGUCGGACCAUUAUUUUAGAUAAAUAAAUGAAAUAAUUGAGUGAAUGUGUGAAGUGAUAAGUUAAAAUGAAAUGGCUCUCUCAACUUUGGCUCAUCCAAAGUUGCCUUUUAGUGUUUUUGAUAUUGGAUGUUUUAGGGGAAUUAGGUAACCCCUACCAAAUUUUAGGGGUGCAUAGGCGAGCUACCUCACAAGAAAUAAGAAAAGCCUACAAGCAACUUGCCAAAGAAUGGCACCCUGACAAAAACACUGAUGAGGAUGCUGAAAACAGGUUUGUUGAAAUUAAGCAGGCCUACGAAUUGUUGUCAGAUCCAGAGAGAAGAAAGCGGUUUGACGAUAAAGGUAUUACAGAGGAUGAUUUUUAUCGAAAACCUGAAUACCCUUCGUUUCACACAACCACACCUCUGGAGGAGUUUUUUACUCAGCAAGGCUCACAUUUUAACUUCCAAGAUAAUGAUAUCACCUUUUUCCAUAAAUUGUCCAUCACCACAAGACAAUAUGACAAAAUUAUUGUUCCAAAGAGUGAAAAGACGCCUCAUUUGAUAUUUUUCUAUACUGAUUGGUGCUUUACUUGUUUGCAAACCGCUCCAUACUGCCGAAAGUUAGUGGAUCACUUGGAACCGUUGGGAAUCAGUUUCGUUACCGUUCACGCAGGGAGAGAACAAAAUCUGGGCAGACGGCUAAGCAUUCACACCCUGCCAUGUCUUGUUUUAUUACUUGAUGGCAACAUUUAUGUAUACAAGGAGACCAUUACUAGCAUGCAGAAAAUUAUCGAAUUUAUUCGAAAUCAUAUGCCAUAUAAACUGGUGCCAAAAAUAAAUGAUAACAACAUAAACGAUUUCUUGAAUGGUUGGUCAGAUAAUAGAGUUAGAGGGCUCAUUUAUGAACCAAGACCACAUAUGAGGUUAAGAUAUUUAGUCACUGCCUAUCAUUUUCGCCAUAGAGUGGCUUUUGGGUUUGUAGAUUCAGAUGAAAUAAAAGCUCAGUACCAAGUACCGGGCGAUAUGGAUUCAGUGCUUUUGUUCAAUGAAAAUAGCACUCAGCCAAUGGCAAGCAUUUCUAUGAAAGAUAUUCCCACCUCUACUCUACAUACCAUUAUUUCUUCCAAUCAGUUUUUGGCUUUGCCGCGACUCUCAUCGCAGGUUGUUUUGGACGAUUUGUGUCCGUGCGAAUGGAACAAGAUGAAGAAAAAACUGUGCGUCAUUUUGGUCACUGAAGACAGCAGCAAUCACGAUUUGCACAGGAAAUCUUUCAGGAUGUACGCGCAAACGUCGCAGUACAACGUCGAAAAAGUCAGAUUUGCCUAUAUUUAUCACGAUAAACAGACAGAGUUUGUUAAUUCUCUAAUUCCAGAAGGAACAUCUGUUGAACCAAUGCUUAGCAUAGUGAUUUUAUGGAGAAAAGACACUUCGCACGUUAAAUACGAAUGGAUAACAGACAAGUGGGAGAUUGAGAGCGAUUUAAACUACACCACGCAAAAGUUGGAAAACACCAUCAACAAAUUACUGCGUUCAUCUGAAGCCUUAACCAACAACGCUUUUGUUAAGGAUUUAUUUGACGAACAUUCCAAAGGCACAUUUUCCAAAAUAUUCACCAAGAUUAUCUACUUUUUGGAGUCUACCUACGAGGGAGUAGGAAAAAGUGAAAUUUUGGCUGUGGCCUCUAUCCUGGGCACCGUCGUUUUCAUUGUUGGAGUUGGAUAUCUUAUGGUUUAUUUAGUUAAGUUAGAGGAAGAAUCGAUACAAAACCGGCAGAACAAGUCGGGAAACAACAAUAACAACAUGAAGUCAAACAACCAGCCCGAGCUGAAAAUCCACGAUCUAAGACCCGAAACUUACAACGGACUUGUCCGAAUGCUUAAGCCGGGUUGCAGAACUAUUGUGCUGCUAUUGGACAAUCAGUCCAGAACCCAGUUAAUACCUCCAUUCCACAAGGCUGUCUGGCCAUACAGAAAAAACAAAACGUUAAUGUUUGCGUAUUUAAAUAUUGAUAAGGGGAUCAGCUGGUAUAAGGAGCUGCUGCAGUUGUCCUUGCCGGAAGAAAAGGACUUGCAUAUUAAUCCAAGAAAUUGUGUCGGCACAGUUUUGUCGUUGACGGGUCAUAGGAAGUAUUUUUGCAUGUUCCACGAGAAACAUAACGAUACAAGACGUACUAGAAGAUUGAGACAGAGGAACGCCGCUGCUCACAGAGGCGAGCGAGAUUGCGAGAGCGGCGCCUUCAUCGGCUUCGAUUCGGACUCGUCGUCCGAAGACGAGAUCCUCCUGCAAGGCAACCUUCUCGACGGCCUUCCCAAUUGGCUGGACCGUCUGUUCGAAGGCUCCACCCAACGUUACCACAUAAACUACUGGCCCGACUUUUCCAUCAAAUAACUUCCCUCGACACUUUGAACAUCCGAUUAUUA